CCAUCAACCUUUUGCAAGAAAGAAUAGACUUGCAGUUGCAAUCGAGCAGAUCUACUGUAUGCUACAUAGUUUCUGAUUUUGUGGGUCUAAAUUUCAUCUCACUGUCUAGUUUCUACAAUUCUUCUAGACCUGCAGGAAAUAUCCGUCAGCCACACUAUAUCAGGAAGAAUAGGCUUUCAACUGCAAUCAAGACGAUCCGUUGUGCCCAAUCUGUAUCUGCAUCCAAUUUCCUACAAACCAUCUUUUAGACCUGCAGGUAUACAGUUCUUUCUGUUGUAUUCUUUUUGAAGUAUAAAAUGAAAGUAAAAAUAGUUUUCGGCACACGAUGCACAAAAAAAUGAUAACAGAGUUAAAUGUAAGAGUCGAUCUCAAAUCUUUAAUUAAAAAAAUAAAAAUAAUAUCAAUUAUUUUAGAAUAGAAAUAAUAGUAAAUCCAAACAAAAAUAUAAUAGUAAUUACCAUAAUAAGAAGGUUGAAUCAACCUGAUAAAUAAGGAAGGACUAAACCAGAGAAACUAUAUUAUAAACCAUGCAUCUACAAGAACGAGGAAAUCUUUUAAAAAUCCUACUUGAUAACCGACAGUUUUGGCCACUGACUCCGAUUCCGCCAAUUGGAUUGGUUAAAUUGUAUCAAGAAGCACAAAAAUUAAAAACAAAAUAAAUUAGUUUUUUAAUUGACUAAAUAAAAAAAAAGUACAAUUCAGCACUGCACUAAUUAUAGAACAACAUUAUUAUAUAUAUGUACGGCCAUCUCUUUUGUUCUACUGGUGCAUGCUUUGCAAAACGUAGUCCCUGCAAUAAUGGAUCUAUUGUGAUCAAACUUUAGAUCCGUAUAUCCCCACACCGUACUUUGCUUUUCGUUUUUUUUCUUUAAGAGAGAUAUUGGAUUUAGGUAAUUAAACUUUAUAUUUCUGUCCCUACACUGCAGUCUGCCUUCCGUGUUUUCUUUGAGUCAUCCUGCUUUCGGGAUUUUUGUUCUCUGCCUUUGCAACAGAUUGGAUGAAGUUGAAAGGCUUUUCCAUUGUGAAAAUGAAUUCGGGCUAUGACAAGUUAAGUCAUGGGGGAAAGAGAGAAGAGUCCAAGGCAAAAAGAAAAAACUUUGAGCUGUGAGGAUAUACUGCUGGCAACGCAAAAGAAGUGGAUGAAGAAGAAAAAAAAAGCAAAAACUAAGAAAAUAUAAUUCAUUAUUCUCAAUUAUUAGUAGAUUUUUUUUUUUGUUGGAAAAAAAAUAAGGGGACUAAAAAGUUGAGUUUCCUUUCAUAAAUAUCUUAGCAUAUU